UAUUGAUGGGCUUAUACAAACCGAUCUUCAACAGCCAACCAGCGUGACUAUGCAAAUCUUCAGUCAGUUGUCUGACAUCAGACUAGUGAAGUAUACUUUCUGUUGCUCGGCUUGCUGGUAAGAUGGCAACAUGGCUUCAGGGAUUCCUUGUUAGGGUAUCUUUUCUACAUAUGCAAAAGAUACUGUCAUUUUUAAUGUAAAGGUAAACUAGUAGCGUACCAUGAAGAAAAGCUAAUUCAGUAUUGCAUCUAGGCUUUUAUUUGUAAUUUCUCCCAAUCUUGAUCCACAUUUAUGACUUUGAUAUGAGGUUGGCAGUGACCUCUAUCUGUGGCUGUGCAUGUGCAAGCAGAUGUAUUUCAUUUCCCUGAAGAAAGAAAUUCUCCUAAGAGGAAAGAAGAAGUAGGCAAACAAUAUGUUGUUUCUGAGAAAUCAGUUGGAUACAGCUUAGGAUCAAGAUGGAAAGCAAUGAAGAGCCUCAAAAAAAAGUUUUUAAGGCCCGGAAAACCAUGAGAACCAGUGGCCGACAACAGCUUGAGAGUGUGUAUAAGGUGAAGGAGGAGCUCUUGAAGACCACUGAUGCCAAAUUGUUGAAUGGGAAACAUGAAAAUGGGGAUUCAGAUCUCAAUUCCUCUUUACUCAAUUCCGACUGCACAGAGGACAAAGAGGUGAAUGGCAUAGAAGAUUUAUGUCUUGACUCUGAAGAAGGAAAAAUGGACUCUGAAGAAAUCACUGAUGCCAAAAGCCCAGAUGUCAAAGAGAACCAUACUGGUGACUUGACUCCCAAACUUGAAACUCCUUCUCCUGAGAAUGUUGUUUCUGAACAAGAUCAUGAGGAUGCUAGCUCUACGUCAGGCCUCGAUUCUGAAAGUCAGGUGCUUGAUUAUAAUAAAGACAAUGACAUCCAGGAAGAUGAUUUGGGCCAUAAAGAUAUUUGCAUUAAAGAUGAUUUGGAUCAGAAAGCCACACCAAACCAGCCUGAAGAGGAAAGUCAGGUAAGCGGUAAUGUUAAUGAUUGCACAGUAGAGCCAGUAGAAACAAAAGAGUUAGCUCUUACUCCUGAUCUGCCUGUGGAAGAAGAAAAGAAUGCAGAGGAAGCUGUAGUAAAAGAGAACGUCGGUGAGGAAGCGAUAUCUAGCAGUUUGGAUACAGAUGAGUGUCCAAAGGCUGAAGAUAUCCAAUCUGCAGAACUUGUAGAGACCAGCACUCAAAAAGUUGUCGAAGAUGAACCAACUGAGAGUGUCCUGGGAAAUGCAGGCACCAUGGAAACAGAUGAAAUUAUUCCAAUUUUAGAAAAACUGGCUCCAGCAGAUGAAUUAAACUGUUUCUCCAAAUCUAUCUUAGUUCCAAUGGAAAAUGAUAACUUAGAUGCUGAAGAUAAAAUAGAAAGCUCACUAAAUUCUCCUUUGAAACAUGAAAGCAGUGAAAGUUUGCCCAAAGAAGCUUUCUUGGUGCUUUCUGAUGAAGAGGAACUCUGUUGUGACAAAGAAGCCGAAGUGAUAACGCCAAACCGUGCAAGCCCUUCAGAUGUUAAAGAGAAAGAAAAAGAAAAAGAUCUGGACAAAGUGGAAGAAAAGGAACAUGACAAGGAAGAAGAGAAGCCUACAGAAAGAAGUGAGGCCUCAAGGAGAAAGCGUUCCAAGUCAGAGGAUAUGGACAAUGUCCAUUCUAAACGCCGUCGAUAUAUGGGAGAAGAAUAUGAAGCAGAAUUUGAAGUAAAAAUUACAGCCAGAGGCGAUGUUCAUCAGAAGCUAGAAAAGGUCAUCCAUCGGUUUCUAGAAGAGAAAUUCAGUGCCCUGCAGUGCACAUUGUUUGAUAGAACUCUAGCAGAUCUGAAAACUAGAGUAGAUAAGAUUGAAUGUAGCAAAAGACACAAAACUGUCCUUACCGAAUUACAGGCUAAAAUUGCAAGAUUGACAAAACGUUUUGGAGCCGCCAGAGAGGACUCAAAGAAAAGAACAGAAAAUCUACAAAACACACCCCAUUCUCCAGGAAAAGCAAUGGGUGACACAGGCAGUCUCAACAGCGUGGUUUAUCGAAAUGCCGGCACAGUGAGACAGAUGCUGGAGUCCAAGAGAAAUGUAGGAGACACUUUUCAAUCCCCUGUGACUACAGUGUCUGCUACUACUAUUACUACUCCUCAGGCACCAGUCAGUGUACAUCCCAAACCACAAACUCCAGUCACCUCUGCACCAUUGACUUCUGGCUCCUUGACAACGUCUGUGCUUCCUACAGCUAAUACAGCAACAGUAGUUGGCACUAGCCAGGUGGCUGGUGGCAACACACAACCAAUGUCUGUUUCAUUGCAAUCCUUGCCAGUAAUAUUACACGUACCUGUUGCAAUGUCCUCCCAGCCUCAGCUCCUACAAGGCCAUACUGGUACUUUGGUUACUAACCAGCAAUCGGGAAGUGUUGAAUUUAUACCUGUACAAAGCCAAUCUAAUGUUGGUAACCUAACCAAAACUCCAUUGUCUCUGUCGUCAGCUAAUUCAGCAAAACCAAACAACACCCCUUCUGUACCUAGUUCUAGCAUUCAAAGGAACUCUCCAGCCAGUGUUGGCUGCUCAAUAGGGACAACUCUAGCUGUGCAGGCUGUCUCAACAGCACAUCCUGUUGCACAAGCCGCAAGGACUACUUUGGCUACUGUAAAUACUACAGGGGUGUAUACUCCUCCUACCAAUAGGAAUUCCAUACAAAUGAAGAUCCCUUUGUCGGCCUUCAGCAAUACAGCUCUGUCUGAAACAAGUUCCACAGCCGUACCUAGAAUUGAGAGUCAGACAUCCAGGUUGCUACCACCUCCAAUGCCACCAACAGAUGUUUCAGCAAACAAGAAAGCAGCUGAGGUUGCCUCACAGAGUGGAAAAGCCACAGGCAGUGCUGCAGGAGGAGUAAUUGAUCUUACACUGGAUGACGAAGAUGAUGGCUCUUCUCAAGAUGGCAAGAAACAGAACCAAUCUAACAUUUCUGGAAUGGGCCUGUCAACUCCGUCUGUAGCUCGUGCUCUGCAACCCGUACAGACAAACCCUCUCCAACAGCCAGUUGCGCCAACAAGUGGCCUUUCGCAGACCACCAUACAUGUUCUCCCCACAGCCCAGACAACUGUGAAUGUAACCCAUCGUCCAGUGACUCAGCCUGCUGCCAGGCUCCCAGUACCAAGAGCCCCUGCUAAUCAUCAAGUGGUCUAUACUACACUUCCUGCACCGUCAGGGCAGAAUCCUGUGAGGACCACUGUCAUGCAGAGCCCUAGUUUAAGGCAGGUCAACCCACAAAAUUCAGGUGUGACAGUGCGAAUGCCUCAAACAACAACAUAUGUUGUGAACAACGGGCUGACCUUGGGAUCUGGAGGGCCUCAGCUCACAGUGCAUCAUCGGCCACCUCAAGUGCAUUCAGAGCCAUUGCGGCCUGUGCACCCAGCCCCACUGCCAGAGGCCCCACAGCCAUCACGCUUGCCUCCUGAAGCUGCCAACACCUCUCUGCCUCAGAAGCCACACCUGAAGUUAGCACGUGUACAAAGUCAAAAUGGCAUAGUGCUAUCCUGGAGUGUUUUGGAAGUGGACCGGAGCUGUGCCAGUGUGGAUAGCUAUCAUCUGUAUGCCUACCAUGAGGACCCCAGUGCCACUGUGCCCUCUCAAUGGAAAAAGAUUGGGGAAGUAAAGGCCCUCCCCCUGCCCAUGGCAUGCACACUUACUCAGUUUGUGUCUGGCAGCAAAUACUAUUUUGCAGUUCGUGCUAAAGACAUCUAUGGACGGUUUGGACCCUUUUGUGACCCUCAGUCAACAGAUGUGAUUGCUUCCCAAAGCAGUUAAACUUGAGACUUUGAAGGCUUCCAUUCUUGCCCCACAGUUGUGGCUUACUCUGGUUUUGGGUUUAUUCUCAUGCAUGAAAUUCACUGUAAAAUCCCCUCUGCAGGAUUAUGUUGGACAGCUAUGUCAUACACUACAGAACUUACAACCAAAACCAAAAUAAAUUCCUAGCCUGCAAUGGGAGAGCCUGUAUUUCUGAUUAAGUCUUGAAGUACGAAAUCUUCUCUCCUCCCCUCUCAAGCUGCUCUUACCAGUUAAAUAGUGAGACCCUAAGUCUUGGGAAUUUGGCAUUAUACUGAUGUGUCUCAGUGGGCUGAACAGGAAGACCAUUGACGGAGGAGGAGUGUUCAUUGGUCACAUUAGGAGGGAAGCUAAGAUUCAGGGUCCUGCUUUCUUUUACUUUGUAACAGUGACCAGUCUUACCUUACAAGCCAUCUCCUGCUUUCCAGAGGCAAAGGGCCGUGUAUGUGUCCAGUUCUUGAGGAAUGUGUGUGCAUCUACUUAAUCAAGUGAGAAAGAGGGGAGUGAGCAAUCCUCUGGCUGUUUGUACAGAGUGCUUGCCCACCAGAACCAGGGAGCAUUCUGAAGCCAGGCAGAACAGGUCUGUAGAAAACUUCAUUUGCAAUUCCAAUAACUUACUGAUCCUCCUCUUAUGACCCUUCUCUUUUUAAAGAAAAUUUAAUUUGUGCCUUAAACAAUAAUUUCACAAAUAAAUGCAAUCACACUUUGUAUGUUCCUCCUUUUUUGCCCUCUUUCAUUUUUCUGCUCUUCUUCCUAGCCCCAGAAUGUUAUAACCUCUCGUUCUUCACACCCAAGGAGUAGUAACCAGGCUUCCUAACUUAAUUCCCAAAUAAUUUGAGUCAGUGUUUAAAUUACUUGCUCUAAUUAAUCUGUGAAGAUAAGUCACACUGACAGUAUUUGGCUGCAUCAUGUUCUUCUUGGGAAGUUGGUGUGCACUAUAGACUCUCCAGAAGUGAUCUUUGUGGCAUAAGACGCUUCAUUCUCCUCAAACAGAUAAACACUUGGGCUGCUAUGUAAGGCCACCCUGAUAAGGUCCCUUGAUGAAAGCAAUCAACUAAAUAUUCAAUUACAAUCUUUCAUUCUUUCACUGACUGAGUCAAGGCAACAGAAUAGUACCUCCACUUCCUACCAUCACACCAAGAGCUAAACUACACCUGACGUGGACAUAGAAGAAAGCUGCACCAUGCCGUCUUCCAGAGGAAAGCAGCACGUCUAUUGUCUUCCUGGUUCAUCAUCUCCAGCAAGGAGUGGGUGGCAGCUCUUCCAACGUCAUUGUUGGCCCAGGGUCCAGCACUUUCUAAAACUUCUUAUUUUGAAGCCGAUAAGAGUUGAAACUGAAAUGUAAGGUUCAGAAGAGAGGCAGACUGGAGCUUGUUGAUACUGUGUAUUUUGGAGAUACAGGGUCUUAAUUCUGUUUCUGAGAGAACAUACUUGGAGUAAAAUUGUUUUAAUUUUUAUAUAUGGUACACUUAUGUCCUCAUCUGUGUUACAUUCCUUUUGAGCAACAUGGAAUUCUUUCUGUGAAAUUUUGGCUGAUCUUUCUAAUGGCUCUAAUCAAGAAUUAUCUUUGAGACAGAUAAAAUUUGUUUUUGCUCUUUGUGGGGAAUUUCUCGGUCUCCAGUAGCAGACAGCUGACACAUAAUCAGUUUGCCUCACUUGCUUAGCAGUGGUGCUAUCACCGUCAGAAACAAAACUCUUUAGUUUGCCUGUUUGCUAGCACCUUGAUAUUAAAGCAACCAAUGAGCUCUCUAGAGGAGCCACUACCAAGAUAACUUUGUUCUCAGUUUAGAAUAUCUUUGGGCCACCUCUAAUUGGGUUGGUUUUAAUACUAAAAAAAGUCAGCUGCCAUUUGGAAGAGUACGAAAAAUAUACGGCUGGAGCAUUUUGUUACAAAAAUGCAUUUAAAAGGGGGAUGAAAAACUAGGGGCUUACCACUUUGCUGUUGACCCCCACAACCCCACUUGUAUCUAGGCAAAGAUGUUGUUUACUAUCUGUAUUCGGUCUUGCUGGAAAAAAUGGGUUCUUCCUCUCCCAUUUUAUUAUAUUUGGGUAAUAAAGUCAAGCAGCUGGAAAGGAUGUGUUAACUCUUGAAUUGGGGGUACAUUGGUCAUGUAUUUUAAAUCUGGGUACAGCUCCCAUCAGUAUCAGCCAGCAUGGCCAGUAGUUGGGAUUUAUGGGAGUUGUAGUCCAACAGCAUCUGGAGGGCCACAUUCCUGUUUUUAAAUCAAGGCAGACAGAAAUCAUUUAAGAACUUGCCACAAAGCAGAAUUAGAUAAAUAUUCCCUAAAUAUACCCACAAAAUCCUGGUCUGAGAAAACUACACCUCCAUGCUUUGCACAUCUUGCCUAUUGUUAGAGAGAGGGGGGAAAACUUCUUCAGCCUCCAGGAGCAGAUAUCAUUCCACUUUCAGUCAGACUUGUGAUGGGUGCUAACUACAUUUUUUGUUAUAUUCAACUGGUGUACUUUAUGGCAUAGUUUUGUCUUCGGAUUUGUUAAUUGAAACUGGUACUGGGGAUAGAGGGGGGAACCACACUUUAUGAAGCAGAAUGGAUAUGACUGGCAAAUUAUGAAAGGCAAUAGAGGGGGAAGGUAGAAAUAAUGGCUUGAACUGAGCUGCUGGUAAGAGCUCACAUUUUGGGACCUUAUGGCCUUGUAUUGUGGUGCCGUAUUCCUAGCUCCAAAGAAAAGAUCAUUUACAAUAAAUAUUUGAAAAUAAUAUUUACCUUUUAUCAAAGUAUUAUAAGCUAAACCAGAUUGUACAACACCAAACUGCAGAGGUGUUGGAUUUUUACUACCCUGUGCUCAUUGAGAAAUUGUGCAUCCCACUCAACGCAUUAUAGAUUGGGCAGAGGAGAUAUUGUCAAAAGAUCUCAAGACAGAGUGGGCGAGAUGGGUUUUCAAUGUCCAUUGUAUUGUGUCAGUAUUUUUUUUUUACCUUGCUUUCCAUGCUGCAGUAUAUGGCCGGCCCAUGCUUGAAAAUUCUGUUUUUUACUGCUAUUAAAUGUGAAACUGAAGUAUGUUUUUUCAUCUGUAUUACACCAAUGUUCUAUUCUUUGUCUUUAAUAUUUGAGAAUCUAUCUUCUAGCUUAGAGGUAGGCAACCUGGUGCCCUCCAGAUGUUUUGGAAUACAGCUCUGUUAAUCCUUGACCAUUGGCCAUGCUGGCUGUGACUUAAUGAGAGUUGUAGUCCAAAACAUCUGGAGGUCACCAUGUUGCCUACCCCUGCAUUUAGUUCCAUUUCAGAGGAAAGGAUAAGUGAAAGAUGUUCACUGUUCAAAAAAUAAGAAAGUGGUGGGACAAUUGCUGCUAAAUUCCUGUGAAUCCCCUGGGUUAAGUUGCUUGUAUCUUCCAUUCUGUUUUUUGAUUACAGCUAAAAAGCCUUUUCAGGUAAAACCUCAGCAGCUGAUGGAGACUUGGAAGGGAAUGGUGGUACAAUGGUUUCUAUACUGGAAAUUUAGUGGCAGAAGAUAGGGUCCUCAAGCAUGUUGGCAAAUGUUGUAAGAACUUUGAAUAUAUCAAGAAGUAUCCUGUGUGUCUCAAGGACUGCAACAUGGCUGAAUUUCAGCAUGUUUGCAGCAGUUACUCUGCUAAAGGUAUACGUUGUGCACAAAGGACUCAAGGGAAAUGGUGACAAAGCUAUUGAUGUCUGUGAGAGCAAAGAGGGAAGCUGCUGUGAUUAGAACACAUGUUGUACUGCAAUAAAUCACACUGGUUCACCCUUUCAUUUAAGGCUCUUUGUCUAGGUAGUCUGUGUCCAUAUAAUCCCCAUUACAUUUAGGGUCAAUGUGUCAGUAGCCUUGUUCCCUGAAUAACCACAUCACAGUAUUAGUUAGGACAAUUGCAGCCACAGUACAAAACAAGGUUGAGAUGAUGCCACUUUCGAACUCCCUUAGUAUUCUCAUUCAGUCAAUGGCAAAAUAAUCCAGAUUUUGAAAAUGUAAGCUUGAUAUAUUGAAGAUUCUUCUUUCUUUUUUUGUGUUUGGGUUGUGUGAGAAGUGGGUACCAAUGUUUUGGCAAUACAGAGGAUGGCCUUCUGCUUUUGCCACAAGCAGGUUAUCUCAACCUUCCUGGAACCAGUUUUAUGUUGAGGAGAGUAACAUGUACAAGUAGAGAAGAGUACAAAUUAAAAUGUGUUCUUUUAUCAUUGGAUCUAAUCAAUAUUUUGAAGCACAUGGAUUGUUUUCUUACCUUAUUGUGCUGGCUUUUCCUGUUUGAAAAUAUAUUUUAAGUGCUGUCUAGGUUGAAGUUUUAUCUGUAAAUAAAAUAACUGGACAGCCAAAUCUUGGGGUACUUGUUGGACUUCAAUAAUUUAUCAGCCACUGGCAAAUAAACUGCUACAAAACCCUUUAUAUAAACUUGCACUCUGAUUUUUUUCUUCUGCAGAUAAACAUGUACAUAAAAAUAAUGUAGGACGUACCAAAAAGUCCAGUUUAAGCAGGGCAAUGGCAAGUUCUCCCUAACUUUUGUAUGCAUUGUAGAUUAGUGUCUGUAUACGUGUUAAUUGUAGUGGGGUUUUGUCUGACAAGCCUGAGAUUUAUACUUUGAAAUAAACUACUGGGUUUUUAA